AAAUUUAUUUUGAACUACAACUGGAAAGGUAAAAUUUAUUCUGGGUCUGGAGGUGCAGAGACAGUUGGGAACACCUCGAUAAUCAAGUAAAAAAUAGUUGUAUAUCUCAUCUGAAGCAGUCCAAGAGAAGAAAUGCUACUCAUGCCAAAAACUUAAGCAGCAGUAUCAUCAUCAUCAUCAAUGGCUGCCGCGAGCGCCCACCCUGGCAGUCAGCCCCCAACAAAACCGAGGAGGUUAACUGGUAGAAAAGAGGAGAUGGCUGUUCAUUUUGCCAUUGGCCCCCAAGAGGACGAUUCUGUUAUCAAACAAAGACUUCUGACACGUACCACCACCACCAGGGGUGAGCCCCCUCUUAGAAAGCUUCAUAAGAAGUUUGUUCUUUUUGCCACAGAGAUAGACAAAGACACUGAUAAUUAUGCAGAGUGUGAGAGGCUAUCCCGAUCAUUUCUACAGGAGAUAACUACUUUUGAACUGCCUCUCCUCAAGACUGGAGCAGUCAUUGAUGCGAAUAAACGUGAGAAGGAUAAUUUCAAUGUGUUGCAAGAGGAGCUGAAUCAACAGAUUUUGCAGGCCCAGUCAGACAUAGAGGAUUUAAAACAGCAACUUGAAGAAAGUAAAAUUGAAAGACAGCAUAAAGAAGAGUGUGAAGCAAUUAGAAGAUUAAUUUCAGCUCAACCCCCUCGUCAUGAAACCCAGAAAACACUAUCUGAACUUGAGAAAGAAAUAGCUGUCCUAGAGGCAGAUAAUACUGCUGCAUCAAGGACAUUGGAUCUUCGAAAGAAGCAAUUCUCUCUGCUAUUACAUGUGGUUGAUGAAUUGCAAAAUACAAUGGAUGAAGAGCAAAGGAAUAUGGCAGAAGAGCUGAGAAAUGCAAUGGAAGAACAGAAGAACCCAUUGGAGGGGUCCUGUCUUACUACAGACUUUGAGCCAGGAACAGCUAGUGCUGUUUCAGAACAGGCAGAAGCAAUGCACAUUGAUUAAUUUUUUAUCAUACUUACUCACAUACAAUGCUAGAAGGGAAUUUGCAUUGCUCUGCACUAUAAAAAUAGCUUUUGGAUUCUAACUAUUGAGCAAGAUAAAGAAAUUAACAGAUUGAGGUUGCAUAUUUAAAUUUUCAAACUUUAAUCCAUAACCAUACUAUUUGCAAGAAAGCAGGUUUUGCUCCUGUGUUAUGGAUGGACUUGUUGCAAUCAAUAUGUCUGUGAUGUGUUCUAUCUCGUGGCAUAAUAUUCUUCAACCCUAAGUUUUAGUAAAGAAUGCUAUUCUCCUUGGUGUUUACCAGUGAAA